AUGUCUUUGGAGACUCACGAGGUUCGCAUCUUGGAGACUGCAGAGGAAGUCUGGGAGCUCCUCUGCGGGAGACGUGUGCUCCACGUCAAGGGCUUCGGUAGCGGCUUCGGGGACGUCCCCAAGGAACAGAUGAGCGCGCAGGGGCAGCAAGACGAGGCCGCCGUCAAGGCCAUCAAACGAUUCCGCCCGGACUACUUGGUGGUCGACGGCGAUCCUUGGGGCAGCGGCUUCCAGCGGUACAUCAAGGCUUACGCAGAAGCACAGGUGCGCGGUGGGCUGGCGGUGCCAGAGCUCGUGUGGGUGAAGAGCAUCAAGGGGAGCUCGCCCACCCCCGAAGAGCGAGAGAAGAACUAUAAAAAGGCAUGCGAGUGGGCGGGCCAGGGGCUCGCCGUGUCUGUCUCGUGGCUGGCAGAGGCUACCAUCUCCGCGGGCGUGGAUCGGCUGUUUGGGGCUGGCUGCUGGGAGAAGCUGCAGGGGCAGAAGUUCGACUUCAGAGGCGCCGUGCGGCUGCUGGAGGCGGCCGAGCCCGACAGGCCCGAGUGGCUCCGUGGGCUGAGACGCACCGCACCCGGACGUGAGAUGUACUUGGCCAUCGAGACCGUAGAGAGCAGGUCCGAAAAUCGGUAUUUCGAGAAAUGUAGUUUUGAGAAUGUUGCGAAGGGCAACUCGAUCUACCAGCACCUGCGGGGCGAGGGCCGCGAGCCGGCUGUGCAGGGAGCCGUGAGCUUCGGUGGCGGCGAGAGCGUGCUGCUGGAGUUCGCGACUCUCUACCUCUUCCCCGGCUCCGGCUUCGACGCGGGCCAGGCCGCGCUCUUCCCGUUUAGCCGCGGCAGGCCCAGUGACCCCACGCUGCCUUCUCACGAGGGCCGCGCCUUCAUAUCGGAGGUUCAGAGCAGAGCGGAACUCCAGAACAGUUUGGACCUGGUUCUUCAAGGACUGCGCCAUCACAGCACUCUCAAUCUGAUUUGCUCUCCGUGGUGUGGGGCUGGCGCUUCCGAAGCUCAGAAGGCGGCCGCCCAACUGGCUGCGACAAUACAAGAGAGCAACACUGACAUCAACAAGUCUGUGUAUACCUUCAAUCCGAACCAGGAGUUGUGUCAUCUCACACUUGAUCCUAAAGAGCGUCCGGAGGAGUGGAUUCAGAUGUGGCUUAAGGUGCUUGCACUAUGCAAGGAAUGCAAUGCCAAGGGAGGCGACUCAAAGGUGUAUGUGCUGCGUCACGCGCGGCGCGGAGUCUCGAACUAUAGCCAGCUUGCCCAACUCGACGAAGCCACGAAACUUGGCUUCACGGAGAAAAAAGGGAAUCUCCAUUUUCUGACCUACAGCGACGAUGUUGUGAAGCAAAGGAUCAGCACCUACUAA